UUUGGAAACUUAGAUUACUAUCAAGUAUCAACUAUAAAAAAUUAAUUGAGAGAAAGCUUACAAAAUAUUUAAGCAUGGUACAGUCAUACAUCGAUUUUCAUAAGAUGGCUGAAAAUUAUACAGUUAUAUGUAAAUUUUCAUAAAACAUGUAUAAUUAUGGGUUAACAUUUGUGUAUGUAAUGUUCUCAUGAUUUGUGAUAGUGUACUAAUCUACGUCUACAACUUCUUUAAAGUUUUGAACUUUUUGUAAUUGUGGUAAAGAACUUGCUUGUUUAAAAGAUUCGAUGAUUCAAGUAUGAAAAUGUUGUUUUAUUGAUUUCAUAUUCGCUGAUUCUUGUUCCAAAAGAUAGGUUCUUUAUCAGGCUUAGAGAUUAUGGUGUUGUAUCUAAUGGUUUGUAAGGAGUUUGGAAAAUUCAAGGAGGUUAGUGAACACAUUGUAUCGAAUUGUGGUUACAUGCUGUUGAGUUUUAGUGUCUCUAUAGCUCAGUUUGGCCAAGAAGUUUAGGUAUAGUAAGUAUAGAUUAUGAGAAGAGAGCAUAUAAAAUGUUGUGCUUCGUCAGAACAGGAAGAAUAUUCUUUUUACAAACCAUAUAAUCAACCUUCUCUGUUUCAGUAUACUUUGGGUUACAAGGCCAGACCUUAACUAUUGUAAACGCCAUUUCUCUCUUUUUAAAACCAAAAGGGUUCAAGUGGCUUUUUAUAUGUUUGAAAUAGCGUGGUGUUCAAAUUAACCAUUGUAUUAUAUAAGCUCAGUUACAAUAAAUAACAUAUUAUAUGGAUCAUACAAAAACUUUAAAAUAUUGAACAAGCACUGAUAAAUACUUUGAAUAAAAUUAUGUUUCUAUAACUUUCCUAACCAUAAAUUUGUGAGUUUUUUAAAGAUUCAACCUGAAAUGCCUAUACUAACGGAAAACUGUUUGGAGAUGUGUACAUUCCGUGUGUAUCUAUAUAUAGACUUAUUCUUACAGAACCAAAAAAAAACUAUUAUUAGACAAGUUCAACAGAAAACUGGUGCAGAUCACGAUCACAGUUGUAACGAAUUUACUAAAACUGGCAACCACUCCUUUUCUUUAAGAACCACUCCUUCUUCCCUUCUCUUGUCCUAUUCUCUAUCAACUCAUCUUGUAACUUUUGUUCUCGUUCAUUUAUCUCUUCAAAGCUUAUAAACUAAUAAUUAAUUCAGUUAAGAUGGAUCAAGCAGAGCUUUGCCGGAUAUUCCAAAUGUUCGACAAGAACGGCGACGGCAAAAUCACCAAACAAGAGCUGAAUGAUUCAUUGAAGAAUCUUGGAAUCUACAUCCCAGAGCAAGAAUUGGUGCAGAUGAUUGAGAAGAUUGAUCUCAACGGUGAUGGGUACGUGGACAGCGAGGAGUUCGGAGGGCUGUUCGAGACGAUCAUGGAGGAGAGAGACGAGGAGGAGGACAUGAGAGAGGCUUUCAAUGUGUUUGAUCAGAACAGGGACGGGUUCAUCACGGUGGAAGAGCUGAGAUCCGUGUUGGCUUCCUUGGGGCUCAAGCAAGGAAGAACGCUUGAUGAAUGCAAGAGGAUGAUUGGCAAAGUUGAUGUUGAUGGAGAUGGGAUGGUGGAUUUCAAGGAGUUUAAGAAAAUGAUGAAAGCUGGUGGAUUUGCCGCCUUGUGAUCAAAACUUGUAAAAGAAGCCCAUUUUAGGGUUAGGGUUUGUGACCCAAAAUCAUUGUUUUAUUCUUCGGAAUGAUUAGGGCAAAACCUUGAAGAUAAUUAAUAAAUGGAUUUGCAAAGAUAACGAAACUUUGUGAGCUA